CAUGACCUACUUUCUUUUUUUGUUUAAGUCUCUUGGGCUUUCAGCUGGGUCUGUGGUUAUGGAUUUUGUAAUUUUGCCUUAUUUGUGCGCUUAAGCGAUGGCGUUGGUGUGCUGCAGCGCUCCGGCACUGGUUACAUAUCCCAUUUGCAUUGGUUGGGACUUGGAUGGGUUUUGGAUCUCUGGGUUAUCCCUAGUCAGGGGAGUAUUUAUUGAACAUACUAACAAUGCUGCAAUCUGUCGCCACCAGGAUAUUCGGGAUAUCCAACAAUCUCCCGGAGACUGGGUCAGCCAUAUCAGAUUUAUAUAUAUUGUCACCAAUUAGAGAGGUAGUCCACCGAGAAAUAGGAGCUAAACAUGACA